AAUUUGCAUGAUCCCUAUAUAAACAAGCCAUGUUAACACAACUAACAUUCACAACUAACAAACAAUAACAUCUACAAAUAUAAAAUCUUUGCAUCAUUCUCCUUGAAAAAAGAAUGGAGGGUAAAAGCCUAGUUGCGGUUUUGGUGACAAUGAUGGUGAUGGGAAACCUUCUUCCUCAAACAGAGGCUCAAAAGAUACCAUUUAUGCAAUGUUAUCCAGCUUGUAUUGUAGUGUGUAAGAGUGAGUCAACGUUUCCAAAGUUUCUUAAAUGUCCUUUUACAUGUCUCAGAACAUGUCUUCAUCCUCCGUCUCCUCCUCCUUCUCCUUCUCCGUCCCCUUCGCCUUCUCCUUCUGAGAACAUUAUCGACCAAACUGAUCACUGAAAAUCCAAAUGUGGAGAAAGUCGCAGACUGUGUUGAUAAUAUGUUAGAACAAGUGUUUCAACAAGAACUAGCGAUAUUUGUCUUUUUAUUAAACGUAAUG